AUGCUCUUUAAUGGUGGAAAGUUGAACAACACGCUUCGGGAAAGGGCCUUGGCUAAAUUAGUUCAGUUACCGUCAACAUCUUUACAAAAUUUAGCAGACGGGAUCUCAUCGCCAGAACAAAUUUUAAGCUGUAAGGAUUGGGAGACAUUGCUAUCACUUUGCAAAUCGCUGCCCAAUUCACCCAAUCAAUCCAUUUGGCUUUUACAUGAAAUUAUUGGGCCAUUUCUGGUAUCAUGUCCAAUUGUUAGGGUUUCUGAUGUAUUAGAUACAAGGUUUAAACUCGACGGAUUAAAACAUCCAACUGAAUUGCUUACUUUUGAACUGACGAAUUUUCUAAUAAAAAUCUGUAAACGGUUCCCCUCACUUUUAAAAAAUUGUACUGCCAUAAUAGACCAGUUUUUUGAAGCUUUGAGCAAUAGAUUUGAACAAACAAAUGCUGUGGUUUCAUUGCUUGGAUUUAUGGGUUCCUUCAUUGAUGGUUCUGAAGGCGUUUCUUUACCACUGGGUGCACAUGUGUGGUAUCAUCUGUCCGAUAUCUUAGGUCCACAGGGUUUAUUAAAAUCAUCUGGUAUUGCCAAUGAAUUUACUGAUGAGACUUUGGUCAGGUACUAUGAAUCAGGUUGUGAAAUUUCCAGUGUACAUUUCCAAUACCUUUUAGCUAAAUUUCAGUGCUCGUUAGCAUUUACCAUUAUUGGUAAGAACGUGGAAAAACCAGUUUGUGAACACUUGCUUGAUUUACAAUGUGCAAUAUUCCAGUCACAACAAUCACAAGUGGGAGAUAAUCUAUUAGAAGAUUCGUUGGGUAAGAUUGUAGAAAAUUCAAAAUUAAUCAUCGAUAUUUGUUUGUGGUCAUUGGAUUGGGUUAGUAAUACACAGGAAACAUUUGAUUUAUCAAGCCAUACAAGAGUCAACGAUUCUUUAAAUGCACAUGCUUACUUCAUCGAUUUUCUCUGUUUAGUACCAUUUGUUGAUAAGAUUGAUGGCGAAAUUUUUAACCGUUUUACUCAAGUUAUCUCCGACAGUAUCGAUAGAUUUCUAAUUACAGACGUGGUGACAUUCAGAUCAAUCCAUUCUAUCGUAACAGCUGCGUCUUUACUCAAUUUUUCAUCGGAGGAAACUUCGUUGGCAUUUUUAAAGGCUUUCCCCGUUCUAGUAUCGUCACCUCAAAUUACAAAUAAAGAUGUUGCUCACGUUUCCAAGAUAUUUACAUUGGGAUUACAACCUUUGAAUGAGGACGCCGUGGUUAGUACAAUUUAUUCUUUGAAUAAUUUACUAACAGUCUAUGAAGACGGUGUACCAGUAAAACCGCUACGUGAACGCCACAUGACUAAUUCCUCUUUACCUACUCAGUCUCAGAGAAAUAAACCAAAGAUAGUACCUUCGGAUAGUAUGCAAGUUAUCGAUAAUAUUAAUCAAAAUAUGGUUUUACUAAAUGGGAAGUCUCACGAUUCACCAAACGAGGAUGCGACAUCUUAUCACGGUUCACUUUUUGAAAACUCUGUUACUGCAGCUAUUGUCAUUGCAUCACAUUAUAACGAUCAAAGUAUCACCGCAUUGACAGUUACGAUUUUAACUCAAAAAGUUUUUGUUUUUUCAGAUGAACUGGAUAAAACUAUCUUAAGACUUUUACCACUUUUGGCUUCACGUACAAGUACCCAGGAACUGGCUCUACUAUUAACCUUUUAUAGAAUUGCAUAUGCACAAGCUGGCAAGAGGAAUAAAAGCAGUUUACAAAAGAGCAUUAUUAUUGCACGUUGUGAAUUGUCCAGGGAACUUCUACAGAAGAGGUUUCUCACUGACAUGUACAUCAUGAAUUUGAGAGAUCUACUGGAUCUAAUCACCGCUUGUGGUGAAGGUGAAAGAUCAGACCAUCACAAUAGAGCUGAAGAGGAAAUUAUUCAAGUAGCUCACCAGAUUGCUGUCUUUUUGGAACCUUUGGCGGCUCUAAUGCCCAAACCUGGUGAAUCUGAACCGCUGGAUUUGACAACAGAUGAAGCUACCACGAUAAGUUUCAGAAAUAUUUGGUUUAAUAUGGUGGUACAUGGAUUCUAUCGUAAUUCGGAACUGGUUAAAACACAUUACGACUCUCUAGUGACCAUUGCUUAUAAUACUCCUGCGUUGGCAUCUGAUUUCCCACCAAUGAAAAGAGAGGUUUCAUUUGAAAUGAAUACUGUCUUACGUCGUAGUUCUUCUUCGGCAAAUAUUAAACAACAAAAACAGGCAAUUGUAGAUUUUGCACCAGCAACAAAUCUUCACAAUAGAACUUUAUCCAAUUCGAAGACCAUGUUUUUGGCAUCCACUGUGCUUUUGGAAACCUUGAGAUGUGAAGCCGGUGAUUGUUCUCAAUUGUUGCAAUAUUUCUGUGAUCCAUCUGUGGUAAGAAGUUCUGUUCAUAAGUCUCUAAAUGAUAUUAAUAUUGCCAUUAUCCAGAAAUAUACCUAUUUUGUUCAAUCUGGUAAUUAUAAAUUGGCAGGUUCUCUAGCUGUGGCCAAACAAUUGAACAAUUUGCUGCUACGUUUACCUGAUAGAAAUCCAUAUGCGCAAGCAGCAGCGUUUCAAACCUGUGAAACCUUCAUUAGGAAAAUACCUUCAUCGUUAUGCCAUCAUGAAUCCCUAUACACUUUGUUAGAUCUUUUGACAACAAUGUUUGAUAGUGUGACCGAUUGUGAAACCAACAGAUUUGAACCCACUUAUGAAUUCGUUCUCAAACAUUCGAAUAAAAAAAUCCUGUUACCUGAUUCUGAAUCCUGGAGAAAGCAGACUUUAACUUCGUUGUACAACUAUGCAAAACAUUGGUUAAAGAUUAUUUUAACCAAAUGUAACCAAGACGCAAAGAUUCUUCUGCAAUCCUACGUUUCGAAAAUAACUUAUUCAGAUAGGUUGGAUGAUGUGGAAUAUGGUGUCUCAUUUGCUCUGGAAAUGGCAGGUACGAUUACCGGUGGUGAUAGAGAAUUAUCAAAACUCUCUUAUAAUGGUAGACAAAGACCUAACACAAUUGCCAAAUUCAUCUCUCAACACUCUUGGAGAUCAAAGAGUUUAGUGGAUAUUGCGAUUGUCUCUUCUCCUCAAGAUAUCAAUCGACAGAUCGAGAGUUGUAUUAAGGAUAUUAGACAAUCCUUGAGAUUGGGUGAACCUGUUUCUUUCGAAAAUGUGACUUCAUUCCUCGACUCCUCAUCAGCAUUGUUACUAUUGGAUAAGUGCGCAGCUGGUUCAUUGGUAUCUGAUAUUGUUCAUAUUCCCUUUGAAGUAUUCACUGCAAGAACCCUAAAGGUGGCUGUUAACGUUUGGUUAACAAUUACAAAGGAAAGAACAGAUUUGGCAAACCUUUUGAUGGUAGCUGUUGGUGAUUGUUGGAUGAAAAGUAUUGACCAAAGAAAGGGGUUGUUCUCUCGUGAGCAUGAUCCUGCUCCUGAGGCUAACCAGCCAAUGCUCUACUCACCAUACGAUAAGAAAGCUAUUAAUAGGACUGCACAUGAAACUUCUCAGUCAUUUCAGACUCACUGCUAUGUGAUCCGAUUUUUCGCAUCUCAUUUCGAAGGAACUAUGUUCCAGAGCAAAUCCUUGCUUAAAAUGUUCACCCAGUGGGCCAUCUAUGGGUUAAGCAACUUAAAGAAUGCUUCACUUCACCCUUUUGCUCGAAUGGUUCGUCAUGAACUGAUGAAUUUCUCCGUUCUCUUGUUAACGGUUAAUUUCAAACAGGGAACAGGGUAUGUAUCCAGUCUAUGCAGGACCAUCGUUGACGGAGGUCUAUCUUGGUUCGUCAAAGCUAAAUCUUGGCCAUUCGGUUCCAACCAAUUGAAAAUAAAGGCAGAUUUGGCAUUGGCAAUUCAAUUGAAAAAUGAAUUAGAGGCGGUAGCACAUAUUGUAUGUCGCUACUGCCCCACUGAGUUCAAGCUUUUGCAGUUUUUCUUGUCUAGUGAAAUUAGACAUAUUGAAACAUGGCUGUCCCCCAUGGUUAAAUUAGAAGAGAACCACAACCUCGAACCUGAACCCGAAUUAAUCGUUGCUGCUUUUGAGAAAAAUCCUUCUCUUGCGCUAGCCUUUUUACAGAGAUUCCCUGGUAAAAAACAAGAGGAACUAUUGACGGACCUUGUCGUUAAGAACCCACUAGAAUGUGUUGGAGUACCAGAAUGUCUGGAGGUCUAUAUUUUGGGCAAAGGUAGUAAGUCCUCCUCAGACUACCAUUGUGUUACCUACUGGUGUCCUGUGAGUCCUAUCAAAUCUAUCAACUUGCUUUUAUCCGGUUGGAAUAGUAACGCCUUUGUCUUACAGUACAGUGUUUUCUCAUUGGAAGCACACCCAGUGAACGUCACAUUUUUCUAUGUUCCACAGAUUGUGCAAUGUUUGAGAUUUGACCGCAGUGGUUACGUGGAGAAAAUGAUUUUGGAUACUGCUAAGACAAGCGUUUUGUUUGCCCAUCAAAUUGUAUGGAAUAUGUUGGCUAACAGUUAUAAGGAUGAUGAAGGUGAAGUAGAAGAUGAAUUGAAACCAACUCUGGAUCAUGUCCGCAAUAAGAUGGUGUCUACUUUCGGUAGUGAAGAGCUUGAAUUCUAUGAGAGGGAAUUUGGGUUUUUUAAUGAAGUUACAGGAAUUUCUGGUAAAUUGAAACCAUUUAUUAAGAAGACCAAAGCUGAGAAAAAGAAUAAGAUUGAUGAGGAAAUGCAAAAGAUUGAAGUGAAACCUGAUGUAUAUCUACCCUCUAACCCUGACGGUGUUGUUGUUGAUAUUGAUCGUAAGAGUGGUAAGCCGUUGCAAUCUCAUGCAAAAGCACCUUUCAUGGCCACUUUCAAGAUUAAGAAAGAGGUGGAAGAUUCAGAAACUGGUAAGCCAAUAGAAAUUGAAAAAUGGCAGGCAGCCAUCUUCAAAGUUGGUGAUGAUUGUCGUCAAGACGUGCUUGCUCUUCAAUUGAUUUCCGUGUUUAGAACCAUUUGGUCUAAUGCCGGUUUAGACGUCUAUGUGUUUCCAUACCGUGUUACUGCUACACAAGCUGGGUGUGGUGUUAUUGACGUUCUACCUAAUUCCAUCUCCCGUGAUAUGCUUGGUCGUGAAGCUGUUAACGGUCUUUAUGAAUAUUUUAUCACCAAGUUUGGUGAUGAAGGUACAAUUGAAUUUCAAAAUGCGAGAAAUAAUUUCGUCAAAUCGCUGGCAGGUUACAGUGUUAUUUCCUACUUGUUACAAUUCAAAGAUAGACAUAACGGUAAUAUUAUGUAUGAUGAUCAAGGUCACUGUUUACACAUUGAUUUUGGUUUUAUCUUUGAUAUUGUUCCAGGUGGUGUGAAAUUUGAAGCUGUUCCUUUCAAACUUACAAAAGAAAUGGUGAGAGUCAUGGGUGGUAGCCCAGAGACCCAAGCUUAUCGUGAUUUUGAAGAAUUAUGUGUUAAGGCAUACUUAGCUGCUAGACCUCACAUGCACUUUAUUUCGGAGUGUGUUAUCCCCAUGUUACAGAGUGGUUUGCCCUGUUUCAAAGGUAUGAAGACUAUUAAGAAUUUACACAAUAGAUUCCAACCAAAUAAGUCGGAUCACGAAGCUGCAUUGUUCAUGAGAAGUUUAAUCAAGAAGAGUUAUGAAAGUUUGUUCACCGUUGGUUAUGACGAGUUCCAGAAACUCACAAACGGUAUCCCAUACUGA